UGAGAGACAGAGUCACACUUCCUUCUUCAUCGCUGGCCUAGCCUGUGUCUACAUUCGUGCCGGUACUACUACUACUACUGCUACCACGACUAGCUACUAACUACCCUAUUCAGAAUCUCCGUGACCCGGGGAUACAUACCUCCCCGCAGCGCACGCUCCCGCGUGACACGACUGACCCGCAGCCAUGGACAUGGGCCACGCGGUGGAGACACUGAAGAACUCCUUCCUCUUCCAGUUCAGGACGGGCAACGUCGUCGUGGAUACGAUCAUCACUGCAGCCAUCGUCUGCUUCACCACCUACCUGCUCACGCUGCCCAGCCACCUGGGGUGGUUGCCUGAGGCGUGGCGGCGUCUGCGGCUGCGCAACCGCCACCAGCUGACGAUCGAGGGACGUAAGAUCACCCAGGGACCGUACCACUCGCGGCUCUUCUACUCGACCACGUUCCUCGCUCUGCUGCACGACAUCAAGUCGAUGCGAGCGGCGGCGGCCGGCGUCACCGAGAUGUUGGAGAUCGAUGUCGACGCGGAGCAGGUGGCAACGGGCUUCCUCGUUAGUCAGCAGCAUCCGUUCACGCUCGCGCCGCACCUGCACGCGGAGGUGCUCGUCAGCCGCAGCAGCGAGGACGACAGCAGCAGCACGAAGCUCGUGGACAGCUUCAAGAUCCGUCUGUUCUCGUCUGUGUUGACGGUCGACGACCUGGUGGCGUAUGUGGACACGCGCGUGAGAGUCUACCGCGCUCACCUGCAGCGAGACAUCGAGCAGAAGCAGCGCUACCUCGUCUACCGGCCGCCGAACGUCGGCACCUCCGACGACAGUGAGUCCGACCGAUGCGCAGAGUAUGACGAGUUCCCCUUCGAGACGAUGCGGUCGUUCGACAACGUCUUCUUCGAGGGGAAGGAGGAGCUUGCGGCGCGCGUCGACUUCUUCGAGACGCAGCGUGACUGGUACCGGCGUCGUGGCGUGCCACACGCGCUCGGGCUGCUGUUCCACGGUGAGCCCGGGUGCGGCAAGACGAGCACGAUCAAGGCCCUCGCCGCGCGCACGCGCCGUCACGUCGUGUCCAUCUCACUCGCCCGCGUGCGCUCUGCCGAGCAGAUCGCCGCGACGUACCCAUCUCAACGCCGCCUCUACUACGUGCGUCGAGGAGAUCGAUGCUGCCGCCGUCUCCCACGUCGUGGUGAUCGUCGCCGCGGCAACGACGACGACUGCUCGCCGGCUGACAGCGGGGUCGUUGCCGGGGCGCCGGACGCGACGCAGGCGCUGCUCGGCAUCCUGCAGGUGCCCCGGGUAACGACGGAGAAGCUGACACUGUCGUCGCUGCUGGAGGUGUUGGACGGGGUGAUGGAGACGGACGGCCGCAUGAUGGUCAUCACGACCAACUACCCCGAGCGGUUGGACGCGGCGCUGGUGCGGCCAGGACGCGUGGACAUGAGGAUAUGCUUCGGCCGCUGCACCCUGCGCGCGACGCGCGACAUGUACGAGAACUACUUCGAGGAAGAGGUUCCGGCGGAGUACGAGGGAAGGAUCCCGGACGGGAAGUGGACGCCGGCGGAGGUGGCUCAGGUGUUCAUGAACAACGUGCGAGAACCGCGCAAGGCCAUGGACGUUCUCAUAGAGGGGGAGCCACAGAUAUGAGGGAGGCAAGAUGUGAGAGAGGCAAGCUGUGAGAGAGGCAAGAUGUGAGAGCUAGGCAAGAUGUGAGAGCUAGGCAAGAUGUGAGAGCUAGGCAAGAUGUGAGAGCUAGGCAAGAUGUGAGAGAGGCAAGAUGUGAGAGCUCGGCAAGAUGUGAGAGAGGCAAGAUGUGGGAGCUAGGCAAGAUGUGAGAGAGGCAAGAUGUGAGAGCUAGGCAAGAUGUGAGAGAGGCAAGAUGUGAGAGGCAAGAUGUGAGAGAGGCAAGAUGUGAGAGCUAGGCAAGAUGUGAGGGAGGCAAGAUGUGAGAGCUAGGCAAGAUGUGAGAGCUAGGCAAGAUGUGAGAGAGGCAAGAUGUGAGAGAGACAAGAUGUGAGAGGCAAGAUGUGAGAGCUAGGGCCAUCCUUAAAAAAUUAUGUUUGCUGUCCUCCGACCGACCCACGGAAAUAGCCGCGACCCAAAAGUUUUUUUUGACAUUUUGGGUUCCAUUUUUUUGGUUCCAUUUUUGGGUUCCAAGAUGUGAGAGGGAGGCAAGAUGGCAUUUCACACAUGUGUAGCUAUCUAGCUGUGUGUGCAGUGUUUGGAGAAAAAUGAAUGUUACAGGUAGAAUUGCACGGGUUUAAUUAAUUUUUAAUAAUUUUUUUGACGAAAUUUAUCUGCACUGAUUGUAAAUACUAGUAUAUGUGAUAUGUAUGGCAUAUCAGUGAUACUUCUGAUAAAUUUUUUACAGAUAUAUCGUCUACGGUGUAAAUGGUAGGAUGUUGUAUUUCAGGAGUGUGUCCAUUCAGUGACAUUAAGAUGGUUACGUGUAAUUGAUAGUAAGGCAGAUAAGGUCUAUGUCCCCCAGGGUACUGCCGGAACGUACCCUGGGUACCGUCCGGUGUACCGGAACGUACCCUGGUAACUAUCUGAUAUGGUUAGGGUUAGGGUUACAUGAUGCUCUUGAAUUCAGUUAUUCAUAAAAUGCCUGUGUGUUGUUUAUUUGUUUAGCUGAUGUUGUUGUAGUCACAAGAAUAAUUGUACUUAAAUGUGUGUUAUUUUUAUACGUGUACCUAUUAAAGUUUGAGUUAUAAUAAUAAA